AUGCAUGAGGUAGAAUCCUUCCGCUGUCCUUCCUCGUCCACCACCUCGCUCUCGCUCUCGACCCAGUUCGGCUUGUGGCGUUGUUUCUUCUCAGAGUCGUUCUCGCGUUCCCUCGGCUGCGCGGCUGUGUCAAUCUGUCAGUCUGCUGCGAUUAGCCUGCUUCCCACUGCUGCCAUCUGCUAUCUUCCAGUGCGCCCUGUCGCCCUCACCUGCGGAGCCUGUCAGUCUCGCCCGGCUCUCAACGGGCACCUCGCUGCUGCCGUGUGGCUCACCUGCCACCUCCACACACCAGCUGCCCCUUCCCUGAG